CGUAGUAUUGGACCAGUCUGCCGCUGUCGCUCUCAGUUAGUACUCGUACGUCUGACCUUCUGCGCUGACUGUCUGUGAUACGAUCAUUUUGACGUCGUUUGUCUAUCAUUUCGAAUUUUCAAAGGCAAAGUGGUUGUAAUUAAUUGAUUUUUUUUUUCGCCGUCUAUCGAGUGGUCUUUUUUUAUUUUAAUAUUGUUUAAUUGAUUUUUCGAACUUAAUUGAAUCUUUUAUCCGUGUGAUGUUUGAACGAGAGCAGGCAAUUGGAUAUCACGGAGAUUUUCUCACUUAAGCUUUUAGGGUUGUAGAACCGAUGGUGGCAGCGGACAAGGAUGACCGACCGGUUCGACAAUCGUCGACCGGUCGUUGGGCUGCUAUCUUAGCAAUAUGUUUGGGUAUUGCGAUUUACGCGUGGCACGUGCACACAUCAUUGGAGUAUCGUGUGACCGUGUUGGAGACUGUUGUAGCCAACAUGCAGCAGCAAUUGGCAGAAUAUCAGAUGAUACCUCAGCCGCUCAGAAACAAAAGGGAUGCGACAGCUGGACAAUGUCUGUGUCCACCUGGUCCUCCCGGAAAGCGAGGAAAACGCGGCAAAAAAGGUGAUCCUGGAGAACCCGGACCGCCGGGAUUGAGAGGCAUGAAAGGGGUCAGAGGCUUGAUGGGUCCUAUUGGUUUAGACGGACCUAAAGGAGAUGUCGGACACCCAGGUGAAAAGGGACAGAAAGGCGAUUCUGGAGCUCCCAAUUUUGACAUAUACUCAGCAGUAAAGGGUAGCAGCAGUAAACGAUCUGUAACCACACUGAGAGGAGGUACUCUCGGAUACGCAGAAAUCAUAGCCGUUAAGGGCCUACAAGAGCGAGGACAUAACGUAUCGGCAGAAAGUAUAGUCAUGGUCAAAGGAGAGCCGGGAGAACCAGGACCACCAGGACCAGUCGGAGCACGAGGACCAGAAGGCGCGAUGGGGGUGGAAGGCAAACAAGGACCACCCGGUGCUCCAGGAUUGGUUGGAUCAAAAGGUGAACGAGGUGAACAAGGAAUACAAGGAACGCCCGGCCUACCGGGUCCUGUUGGCGAGAAAGGCAUUAGAGGAGACAAGGGUGACCGAGGAUUGACAACCACGUUGAAAGGUGACCAAUUCCCCACUGGGAUAAUCGAGGGACCACCAGGUCCUCCUGGACCACCUGGAUUACCAGGUCGCAAUGGGACGGACGGUAUAUCAGAACCAGGCUUACCAGGACCACAAGGACCUCCUGGAUUGCCAGGUACUGCUGGCCCUAAAGGUGAAAAGGGAGAUUACGGAGAUAUUGGCCCACCCGGUUUGAUGGGACCUCCAGGCUUGCCAGGACCUCCAGGUUAUCCUGGCCAGAAGGGUGACAAAGGUGACAAAGGAGAAUCGAAAUAUAACAACAAGAAGAUCAGGAGACGUCAAUUCCAAGGCGAUGGAGCAUUUGAACCUGCAGGCGAACCGCUGAUAGGACCUCCGGGACCACCUGGACCACCAGGACUACAAGGCCCACCAGGUAUUAAAGGCGAACGAGGCAGAGACGGUGACAAAGGAGAUAUUGGUGAAAAGGGUUCCAAAGGAGAUCCCGGACCAAUGGGUUUACCGGGACCGAUGGGACCAAGAUCUGAACCGACUGUGGGCAAACCCGGCCCUAUGGGUCCUCCUGGAUUGGAUGGAAUGAAGGGUGGUCAAGGGGAACCUGGCACCAAAGGGGAACGUGGAGAUCCUGGUCUGCCUGGUACAGAUGGCAUUCCUGGUAAUGAGGGACCUAAAGGUGAUAAAGGUUACAAAGGGGAACCGGGGCCGAUUGGAAAGAAAGGUCGAAAAGGAGAUAAGGGCGACAAAGGUGAUCAGGGAGUACCAGGAUUAGAUGCACCAUGCCCAAUUGGUUUAGAUGGUUUGCCAUUGCCGGGAUGUGGUUGGAGACCACAAAAGGAGACUACAACAACAACAAAAUCAUACCGAUCGAUGACACACACUACCGAGACACCACACGACGACUAUGAUGACGGAGCUGAUGAGGAGACUGGAGGUGACUAUGGUGACACAGAGUAUACAGAAGAAUCAAAUAAUUAUGACCCAACUGUAAAAUAAUGAUCUUUAACGUGAGAUAAGCAAACCCAUGCCGACAACAACAUAUUGUCAUAGAGCACAACAAGUGAUAUUAUAAUCAUAGUCGGCCGUACAUAAAUUAACAAAAAUAUGUGUAUAAAUGUUCAUCAAUAAAGAAAAUUACAUAUUUUUAACUCAUAAUAUAAAUGUAAAUUAUAAUUUUGGAAUAAUAAUAACUAUUAUUUAUUGUUCUUAAUUUUUGUGUAUUAUCUUUAGAUUAAUUUUUUAAAUACCCAGUUCCUCAUUAGGUAACUAACAAUAUGUUAUUAAUACUAUAGUAGUAUGACAAUUGCCAAACAUUUUUUAAGCUUUUAUAUUGUGUUCAGUAAUAAUAUGUAAUAUUUUAAUUAUUUUUCAUUUCUUUUGUUAAAUUAGAAAAUAAUACUAUUGUAGAAAAUAUUGAAUAUGUUAAUAAAAGUAAAAUGCACAAAUUUAACA